AAAAAAACAAAAAAAAACCUGCAUGCUAUUUUGAUAGUGAAAAGAUGUAGAAGAAACCUAAUGGAAAGAAUUGAGAGGGCUUGCCAGUUGGAUGGAGAAAGGGAGAAAGCCUGAAGAAGUGAGACAGCAGAAAAGGGCAAGACAAACAGGAAGCAGAGGAGGGGGUGAAGGACUGACUGCAAGUCAAAGAAUUUUCUUAGAAGGAUUUUGAGCAAGAGAGUGUGCUUCUCCUGGUUUUCAUCUGCUACCUUUUAUGGUAAAACUGUGGAGGGGGAUUUGGUGUAGUAGUGAAGCCUGGGCUCAGUACGCACUCACAAAGGGAUAGCAGGGAGACAGCGUGUGCAGGACACUGGGGACCCCUGAGGUGGGCUCAUGGGAACAAUAGGCAGAGGGGCUUAACGGGUCCAGGACUCCGACAGCUGCGACUGAAAGGCUGAAGUAAAGAUGACAGAGCGUUAUGACUGCCACUACUGUAAGGAGUCACUGUUUGGGAAGAAGUAUGUUCUUCGUGAGGAGAACCCAUACUGCGUGAAGUGCUAUGAGAGCCUGUACUCCAAUACCUGCGAGGAGUGCAAGAAACCCAUCGGCUGCAACAGCAGGGAUCUGUCCUACAAGGACCGUCAUUGGCACGAGGACUGUUUCCACUGCUUCCAGUGCAAGCGCUCACUGGUGGACAAGCCAUUCUCCACUAAAGAUGAGCAGCUGCUGUGCACCGAGUGCUAUUCUAAUGAGUACUCCUCCAAAUGCCAUGACUGCAAGAAGACCAUUAUGCCUGGCUCGAGGAAGAUGGAGCAUAAAGGAAACAGCUGGCAUGAGACCUGCUUCACCUGCCAGCGCUGCCAGCAGCCAAUUGGCACCAAGAGCUUCAUCCCCAAAGACAACAAUAACUACUGCGUGCCCUGCUACGAAAAGCAGUUUGCCAUGCAGUGUAUUCACUGCAAGAAGCCCAUCACCACUGGCGGUGUGACGUACCAUGACCAGCCCUGGCAUAAGGAUUGUUUCUUGUGCACUGGCUGUAAGCAACAGCUGUCUGGCCAGCGCUUCACCUCUCGUGAUGACUUUGCCUACUGCCUCAACUGCUUCUGCAACUUGUACGCCAAGAAAUGUGCCUCCUGCACCACUCCGAUCAGUGGUCUUGGAGGAAGCAAGUACAUCUCCUUUGAGGAACGCCAGUGGCACAACGACUGUUUCAACUGCAAAAAGUGCUCAGUGUCUCUGGUGGGCAGAGGUUUCCUCACCGAGAGAGAUGACAUCCUGUGUCCCGAGUGCGGCAAAGACAUCUGAAAGCGUGCAUGGAGAAAACCACCAAGCAUCCACAACGCUUCAAAUAAAACAGAUUUAGGUACUCCAUGGAAACAUAGUAAAGCAAAGAUUAUAAUAAGAGACAUAUUUUCUUUAUUUCACUAGUUUAUUUGAGCUUGCUUUAACUUGAAGACUGAAGAAAGAAUUGGUUCUAAAGAUUAAACUGCAAUAUGCAUUAUUAUCUCUUUAAAAUGUCUGAAAGGGUCUCGGAUGUGUUGCAUAACCCAUGUCUUAACUUGCAAAAAAAAUAAAUGUUGUCCCUUUUGUGUAUCUAACAGUUAUACAUGACAUCUAAAUAAUAAUGCAACAUCAAUAAAGCUUACUAAAAAAA